AUGUUCCAAAAUCGAUGGGUGACUGGUCUAGAUCAGGAUACCUCCGCUAUCUGGCAUCGACUUGAGCCUGCUUUCAGACUUGCCUCGCGUUUCUUGACCGAAGACUACUGCCUGCUCUGGUUCAGCCAUCUAACGUUUGGAGAACGAACUUAUCGCACCUCUCCCUCGCCGGGGACGUGGGUUCAGACCACAAGCUACUCAGUCAGCGCACCAGCGAUCGCGCAGGUCAAGGUGAAUCUGCAGGAAUUGGGAGAAGUUAUCACUUUCAUGUUUUCGCCUCGCGCCUCCACCUGCGAGGUCUACGGUGUAACAUAUCUGCACAAAUCCAUGAUGCCUUGGUUCAAGAGCUAUCGUCCUCAAGACUGGCCUACGACACACGAAAAAUACCGCUCUCCCCGCUACCGCCAUGCUCGACCCAGCAUCUCCAUGAACGCGGACUUCCAAAAAUACUUCAAAAACAACUACUCAACAUCGAUUCUCGCCGAGCAAUACAGAGCGUGGUUCUCUUUUGCUGCCACAAUCGUCCACGAAAUCGGGCAUGCAUACGAAUUCUGGCUCCAUAAUGCUCAAUAUGGUGAUGAGCCGUUCUGCAGUCGCUACGACAAGAAUGCUGAGCUUGGUUUCUCAUGGGAGACAUCCGUCAUUGGCCGUAUCACUAAUCCCAUGAACAAUUUAAUACAUGAUGGGAUUAAACAACUCUUCUCCAUCAAGGUAGAAGAGUACACUACUUCUUCAGAGCGUGAGCGUGCAUUCCGGAUUCUGAACAUCUAUACAGGGGCCCCCUACGCACCUAUCAACCCUACUGCCCAUGGACAGCGUGCCUGGCCACUUCUUGGUCCUGGUCAGUUCCGCGGUAAGGAGUUCUUCUUCGCGAACGAUGGACGAGAGGAUGUCAAAUUCGUUGCUCGCAUACAGGCCAUUCCUCUAGAAUGGGUCGUGAACUGGUUUCAGGAGGCGGAGUGGUCCAACAGACGUCGACUCUGGGAGCGGGAAAGUUGUCACACCACACCCCCGAUUGGUGAGAGUUUCACGAUCAUGUACGAGAGAUACGGCAGUGGUGCUCAGGUCCAGCGCCAGCUCAACCUCAACAUUGCGGCCGACGCACACAUCUAUCAACAACAGUGGGCGCAAGGAUCAAUAUAG